CAGCGCGGCAGUCUGACUCUGAGCAGAUCAUGCGCAGCAGGAACGCCAUAGCUUCGGAACGCCCGGCCCCUACUACUAGUUUUUGUGAACUGUUCAUUGAACAAGUUGUCGCUUUGUUGGACAGCUGCCUGGCAGCCGCCCUUGCAUUGAGGUAGUGAUUCCACGGCCUGCAGGGUCUUGUAUGAAACCAGCGUGUAUGCGCUGUUGCAGCGAGCCACCCUUCGUGCUGACGCUCAAGGGCAUUUGUGCGCUGCUUCGUAUAGGAGCGUUGUCGCUAUCUUGAGCGCAUUUGGAAAAGGUUUGGGCCAUUACAGACAGGUCGAGCGAAGAAAUCGGACCUUUGUGUAAUACAGAAGUUAGAAGGGGCAUUCGUAUCCCUUUACCUUGAUUGGGCCGUCUGCCCUUCUCUGAGGAUCUGUCGCAACGCUUGGUGGUUGCGCACAUGCCGCGCGGUGCGGUGCCAAAGGAGGAGGCGGAGACGUCUGUCUCUGCGGCGGCCACUGAUGCGUCCGACGAGAAAAAGAAAGACACGGGGCCUUUUGCGGAAGGCGAAAAGGUCCUCGCUUACCAUGGGCCGUUGAUAUAUGAGGCAAAGACCCAAAAGGCUGAGUUUCGGAAAAAGGAGUGGCGGUAUUACGUGCAUUACCUGGGUUGGAGCAAGAGUUGGGAUGAGUGGGUGGACACAAAGCGACUGCUCAAGAUCACGGACGCAAACAUUGCCAAGCAGAAGAAGGUGCACCGGGAGGCCGCCGAGAAGCGGGGGAAGUCGAAAGUGGGAAGCUCGGAGCGAAAAGAGGGCGAGUCCAAGAGAGGCAAGAAACGGAAGGCAGAUGCAAACGAGGCGAAAGAGGAGGAGCCGGAGCAAGUGGUCAAGUUGCCCCUCUCGAGUCACCUAAAGAAACAGCUGAUCGAUGACUGGAAACACGUGACCGAAAACAACAAGCUAGUACCGCUCCCUCGAAGUCCGACCGUGAACGACAUCCUGCAGAAGUACUUGGAAGCAAGGACGAAAAAGGCGUCGUCGGAGACCGACGACGCCACAGGAGAAGUGGUGGACGGCCUGCGCUCGUACUUCGACAAGGCCCUCCCGGCGAUGCUCCUGUACAGCCAGGAGCGGGACCAGUUCAAUGACGUCAUUCCCGAGGAGAGUGACAUCAGCCCGUCCAACAUAUACGGGGCGGAGCACCUGCUGCGCCUGUUUGUGAAACUGCCGGAGCUGCUGGUAUACACCAACAUGGAAGAGGCGUCCAUGGCGCAACUGCAGGCCAAGCUGAUUGACUUCCUCAAGUUCCUGCAGAAGAACCAGACGUCCUUCUUCCUGUCUUCCUAUGUUAAAAGGAAGAAGUAGCAACCUAGGAGGUGGGCAGCCGUCCUUUUAGCUGUAGUUAGGGUAGAUAGAUAGCCUGGAUGUUGCUUGCUCUAACAAGCACUGUAGAAUUGUCGGAUUGGACAUCAAGUCUGGUCAACCGGUCGUCGGAGCCCGACAGUGUGUCCGGAAUGGUCAUCAUUUCGGCUCUUCUUAAGAUCGCGACCAGUUGUGCGCUAGAGGAUGUCGAUGACUCUUGUUGAAGGUGGUGCAUUCCAGCCUUGUAGUCGACAAGUUGGGAAGGAUGAUUGCCUGUUAUGACGAAUGCAAUGAUUGAUGGCACUGCACGAGUAAUCGGC